CUUGUUCUUCCUGUUUCCUCCGAUGGGGUCAACCACCGCGAGCCGCACUCAACAGAGGUCAAUGAAUAUGCUGCAUAGUUAGUUACUUCACACCAAAGUCUUCAACUCCAAACCAUGUCUUUGUCUUCAGUCCCUGCGCGUCUCACACUCCUCGCUCUCUUCUCUGCUACAACGUUCUAUUGCAUCUACAAAUCACGCCGCUUAAGACUCCUCAAACUCUCUCUUCACCCAAAGCCAAACCCUAACCCUAAACCCACUCUCCCUAAGAUCCUCUUCCUUUCUGAAACCGGAACCUCCAAAGCCCUCGCUCGACGUCUCCAAAGCGUUCUCGCUUCAAACGACGUCGCAUUCGACCUCGUCGAUUGCCAACACUACGAGCCCGAAGACCUCCCUAAGGAAACGCUCCUUCUCGUCGUCGCUUCCACCUGGGAAGACGGAAAGCCUCCUCCAGGUUCUCGAUUCUUCGCCACGUGGCUCGCCGAGAGCGCCAAGGACUUUAGGGUUGGUUCCUUGUUGCUCUCGCGGUGCCAAUUCGCGGUGUUCGGCGUCGGAAGCCGAGCUUAUGGAGACACAUUCAAUGCGGUCGCGAGGGAUCUCGCGAAGCAAAUGAAGGCGUUGGGCGCGACGGAGGUAGUUCCUCUUUGCGAAGGGGAUGUUGAUGGGGAUGCUGACGUGGAUGGGGUUUUCGAUCUGUGGUGUGAUAAAGUUGUUGGGUUUUUAAAAGGCGGUGGUGGUGGUUUCAAAAAUGGUGGUGCUGUUGUUGGUGGGGAAUGUGGUGUUGUUUCGAGUUCUGAAGAGGAUUCUGAUGUAGAGAGUGAGGUGGAGUCGGAGAUUGUUGAUCUUGAAGACAUUGCUGGUAAAGCUCCUUCGAGGAAGUCAGUGGCAACGGUUGAAGGGACUAAUGGGAAAUUGAAUGGCAGAAGAGAAAUGGUGACUCCGGUGAUUAGAGCAAAUUUAGUGAAGCAGGGAUAUAAAAUUAUUGGUUCACAUAGCGGCGUCAAGAUUUGUAGAUGGACCAAAUCGCAGCUUCGAGGUCGAGGAGGUUGCUACAAGCACUCAUUUUAUGGAAUCGAGAGUCAUAGGUGUAUGGAGGCAACUCCUAGCUUGGCAUGCGCAAAUAAAUGUGUUUUCUGCUGGAGGCAUCACACAAAUCCAGUAGGGAAAAGUUGGCAGUGGGAGAUGGAUGAUCCAAUAGAGAUUGUAAAUUCUGCAAUAGACCUACAUACAAAUAUGAUUAAACAAAUGAAAGGAGUUCCUGGAGUCACCUUGGAGCGAUUAAAUGAAGGUCUAUCACCACGGCACUGUGCAUUAUCUCUUGUUGGUGAACCUAUUAUGUAUCCAGAGAUAAAUGCACUUGUGGAUGAAUUGCAUAAAAGGAGGAUUUCCACUUUUCUAGUUACAAAUGCACAAUUUCCAGAGAAAAUUAAGUCACUGAAGCCUCUCACUCAGUUAUAUGUCAGUGUAGAUGCUGCAACAAAGGACUCUUUGAAGGCAAUUGAUAGACCACUGUUUGGAGAUUUCUGGGAGAGAUUCAUUGAUUCCUUGACUGCUUUAAAGGAAAAACACCAGCGAACUGUAUACCGCCUGACCCUGGUGAAAGGUUGGAAUACUGAAGAGGUUGAUGCUUAUUCUAAGCUCUUUAGUAUAGGAGAACCUGAUUUUGUUGAAAUCAAGGGAGUUACAUAUUGUGGAUCGUCCGCUACAUCAAAAUUGACAAUGGAAAACGUCCCUUGGCAUACUGAUGUGAAAACUUUCUCAGAGGCCCUGGCUCUGAAAAGCCAAGGGGAGUACGAAGUUGCAUGUGAGCAUGCUCACUCGUGUUGUGUCCUCUUAGCGAAAACUAAGAAGUUCAAAAUUGAUGGCCAGUGGUAUACAUGGAUAGACUAUGAAAAAUUUCAUGACAUGGUGGCUUCUGAAAGAACUUUUGACAGCAGAGAUUACAUGGCUGCCACACCAUCCUGGGCCAUCUAUGGAUCAGAGGAAGGUGGAUUUGAUCCAGGUCAAUUGAGAUAUAGGAAAGAGAGACAUCAUAAGUCAAGCCGCAAUCAAUCAGGUUAGAAAUUUAAGAGCCAUGUGCAGAAAUCCAUUUCCCCUUUUUUCCUUUUUUCUUCAGUGUAUAACUCAUUAGGUUAUACAAAUAUUCAAUACGAUAGCUUUUAAUACAUGGCUUUAUAAAUAGGUUAAAUCAUUUCAGUGUAUUUAAGCCUCAAUCUUUUCCCAAUCCAAAGCAGUUGAAGAGAGCAUUUUAUUUUUAUUAUUUACAACAAAUACCUACCUUGGAUUCAAUGUUGUAGUUGCAGAAUAGAGAGAAAAGUCCUGCAUCAUUUUGUUUUUGAAAUGAGAUUCGAAAAAUAUGCUUGAG